AUGAAGAUCGCAGCAGUGCUCUACCUUAUCACAGUGUGUGCAGGCACAGUACUGGGUUGGGAUGAAUUAAGUAAUGAGGAAAUAAAGGAAAGUGUGAUAGCGCAACGCAAUUCGGCUGCCGACGGAGAAUUAGACACAAACUUUCAUUGGACU